AUCAUUUGUGUCGUGAUUUUUAUUGCAAAUAGUGCUGCUGCUGAUUCAUAAUACGAUAACUGUGAACGUAAACGAUCUCUUCUUAUAUUAAAAUAAUUGAUAUAUUUAAAAUUAAUUAAUUGUAAAUAAUAAUAUUAUGGCUGAUAAACCAACAGUUUUAAUAUUAGGAGGGUGCGGAUUUAUUGGACGUAAUUUAGUUACUUAUCUUGUUGAAAAUGACCUUACGCAGGAAAUACGAAUUGUAGAUAAAACGCCUCCACAAAUGGCUUGGCUGAAUAAACGGCACACAGCCGCAAUCGGGAAUGAAAAAGUGGAAUAUUGCAGUGCAAAUCUAAUAAAUGCCGCUUCGUGUAAAACUGUUUUUAUGCCGCACACAACCACGGCGCGUACGUGGGAUAUUGUAAUUAAUUGUGCGGCCGAGACACGCCCAAACCAGACUGAUGCAGUUUAUAAGGAGGGCAUACUUAAGCUCAGCAUGAACUGUGCACAUGAGGCAGUGAAUAUAAAAGUGAAACGUUUUGUUGAGUUGAGUUCCGGUUGUGUGAAUAGUUCGGAGAAGACACCAUUAAAGGAGGACUGCAAAUUGGACCCUUGGACUAGCGUGGCAAAACAAAAAUUGAAAGUCGAAAAAGAAUUGCACACACUCGAUGAUCUCUCCUAUACAGUGGUACGUUUGCCUAUAGUAUAUGGACUUGGUGAUAAGCGAUAUCUAAUGCCACGCAUAAUUAUUGCUGCUAUCUACAAAUACUUAAACGAAACAAUGAAACUGCUCUGGAAUGAUGCUAUGCGUUUCAAUACGGUACAUGUGGAUGAUGUAUGUGCUGCUAUAUGGGCUUUAGCACAGAGCUCACAAGCUGCCGGAGAAACGUAUAAUAUAGUAGAUGACUCCGCUUCGACACAGGGUACCAUAUCAGAUUUAUUCGCUGAUAUUUUUGCAAUAAACAUAGACUACUUUGGCAUUGUAAUGUCCAACUUAACAAAGUUAAGUUUAACUGAUACUGUAAGCGAAAUAAACGAUAAGCAUAUGGCUCCUUGGGCUGAAAUAUGUCAAAAGAAUGAAAUCAAUAAUACACCACUCACGCCAUAUAUGGAUGAGGAGCAGCUGUACCAUAAGCACUUGCAUUUGGACAAUACAAAAUUAAAAGAUUUUGGUUAUAAACUUAUGGUGCCAACGAUUAAUGCGGAGCGUGUAAUGGAAAUCAUAAAUGAUUACGUUGACCAAAAUUUAUUCCCGAAAUCAUUGACUUUAUGAAUUGUGAUUUGAUAUUUGCAGAAUUUAGAGUUUUUCUAUUUUCAUAUAAACUAUUAGUGAUGUUUAUAUACUUAUUUUAGGAAAGUUUUUAUGAAAAAGUAUAGCUAACGUACUUUAAACCUCAUUAGAUAUUGUUGGUAUAGAAGAGCAAUUAUUUGAAAAUUUAUUAUUAUGACUAAAGUGUACUUAUAGUAUUAAUGUUCAAAUUUUAUUUUAAUUUUUUAUUAUAUUUCAAAAGUGCUAAAUACGUUUAUAUUGUACUGCUACGAUUGAUAUUCCAUUU